GCCGGGGCUGCGAGGCUACUGUGACCGAGUUACAAUGACAGCCAGGACGACUGUGACCCAGCGGUGGCUGCUUGUGAGGGGUCUGCGACCCCGGAGCAGUAAAUGCGAGGGACUCUGACCUCGGAGAGCACGAGGCAGAGGCUGCGACGGGACCAUGACCGAUUAAAAGAAGAUGGAUGCACAGAGUUCAGCUAAAGUCAAUUCGAGGAAGAGGAGGAAAGAGGCAUCCGGCCCUAAUGGAGCGACAGAGGAAGAUGGCAUUCCUGCGAAAGUGCAGCACUGUUCAGUCGGCUUACGGCAGCCAGCCCCUUUUUCUGAUGAAAUUGAAGUUGACUUUAGUAAGCCCUACGUCAGGGUAACUAUGGAAGAAGCCUGCAGAGGAACUCCUUGUGAGCGGCCUGUGAGAGUUUAUGCGGAUGGAAUAUUUGACUUGUUUCACUCUGGUCAUGCCCGGGCUCUGAUGCAAGCAAAGAACCUUUUCCCUAAUACAUAUCUCAUUGUGGGAGUCUGCAGCGAUGAGCUCACGCACAACUUCAAGGGCUUCACUGUGAUGAGCGAAAGCGAGCGCUAUGACGCUGUGCAGCACUGCCGCUAUGUGGACGAGGUGGUGAGGAAUGCCCCCUGGACGCUGACGCCCGAGUUCCUGGCAGAGCACCGGAUUGAUUUCGUAGCCCAUGACGAUAUCCCCUAUUCUUCAGCGGGGAGUGAUGACGUGUAUAAGCACAUCAAAGAAGCAGGCAUGUUUGCUCCUACACAGAGGACAGAAGGUAUCUCCACAUCAGAUAUCAUCACCCGCAUUGUCCGUGACUAUGAUGUAUAUGCAAGACGGAACCUACAGAGGGGCUACACUGCAAAGGAGCUCAAUGUCAGCUUUAUCAAUGAGAAGAAAUACCACUUGCAAGAACGGGUUGACAAAGUAAAGAAGAAAGUGAAAGAUGUGGAAGAAAAAUCAAAAGAAUUUGUGCAGAAGGUGGAAGAAAAGAGCAUUGACCUCAUCCAGAAGUGGGAAGAGAAGUCCCGAGAAUUCAUUGGAAGUUUCCUGGAAAUGUUCGGUCCGGAAGGAGCACUGAAACAUAUGCUGAAAGAGGGAAAAGGUCGGAUGCUGCAGGCCAUCAGUCCCAGGCAGAGUCCCAGCAGCAGCCCUACUCAUGAACGCUCCCCCUCCCCCUCCUUUCGAUGGCCCUUCUCUGGCAAGACUUCCCCAUCUUCCUCCCCAGCAAGUCUCUCUAGGCGCAAGGCUGUGACCUGUGACAUCAGCGAGGAUGAAGAGGACUAACCUUUCGUCCCUGUUCCCUCUCCCUCCCCCUUGCCCGUCACCUCCAGAAGCUCUCUGUCGAAUUCCAUUUUGUGAUCCCAACACUAAACCUAAGGACAUCUACAAAGAAAAGACAAUGGGGCAAGAGGACCUGGGAGUGGGGGAAACAAAACAGCCUGUGCCCUGAGACCUCCAUCGGCUGAGCACACCUGCUCAGAAGCCUGCUCUGCAUCCAUCUUCCUCCCCAGAACUUUGCUUCACUGUUUAUGCUCAUGUAAUCUUGACAGGGAAAUUGUCAUUUUUAUUAAUUUUUUAAAAAUUAGUCUUUCAAAUAUAGUAAGUAGAACUAAUUUUUUGCCCUGAGGAGUGGGCAGAAGAAGGAAGCGUGUACUACCCAGAGGCCUUUCUUCCUGACACACUAGUGCUUGCCUUCUGUUCUGAAGCAAGGUGGCUUGCCAGAUCCUUCAAAGAGCCAUGCUGGUGGGUCAUUUAGCAAGAUUGUUGCAAUUCUAACUUCCCUAAAAUAUCUGAAACCUGAAUUAGCUCCUAAUUCUGAGUGCCCUGCCAGCCCAUGUGUCACUGUGGCUGUGGGAAGGAAGAGUUCUAAGCCUCGCUUUUCUUACUCCCUGAGGAGUUUCUUGUUGGACCCAGUGGGGUCCAUGCAGACUCUGAUGGGGUUGCAAUCAAACCACAGAGCGUCGGUUGUGGUCUUUCUGCUGUUUUCAUUUUCUCAGAAAAUUCUGUUGCCCUUUAUUUGGGAAUUCUUGUCAUUCUCUUUCCUGCAACCUACCUGUGACGGAAGGGACACUGAGGGCUGCUGGGAUUGCAGAGGACAGUGCGAUGAACUCAGUCUAGUGCCAGGGCAGCUGUGGUUACGUUUCUGUUGGGAAUACAUCCCUCACCCUGCAGCUGACAUUUCAGCACCAUGCCUGGCUUUAUACAAAGGAUGCUUUGUAAAUGUUCCCAGCUUGAAUUUUGGCUCCUUAACCCAUGUUGCUUAUUGCCAUACUUAACACUUAGAUUUUCAAAGGGCACACAGGCAGAGCAUCAGAAAACACUUUCAUCUCUAAAACACUUAUUGACCUCUGCUCCUCUUGAGAAUGCUCUUUGAGCCGAUCAGUGUCCCAUGGAGACUCUUUAUCCUCCUAAGAACUGCACCUGGCAGGGACUUCCUCCACUGCCCUUCCAGAAGUCACAGGCAUGCGCUAAACUACUGGCACACAGAGGUCCGUGCCCCCUGGCCACCCAUGCUGGUGGUUACGCUUCUACUGCACCUGUUAGUUCCCAGAGGAAACAGAACUUGAAUUUCACAUCAAAGAAUGCCGAUUCUCAAUACGUGCUACUGAGUAUGAGCUGAUGUAUUUAGGCCCCUUGCAUCUCAUUUCAGCUACAUGGCCCAGCAAGCUCAUCACCGUCAGUUAGCCUGUAGCUGGAUUUAGGGCAAAAUUGUUUGUUCCAGGACCUGCUUGUCACUCAUAAGUACCCCUUGUGGGGGUGGAGCUUUAGUGUUUUCAGCAAAGAAAACCACAUAUUCUUUUUCCUUGUACCUCUGCUGGGACUGUGAGCAUUUAUAUCAUAGUCCUCCCUAGGCACUUUCUGGUGGAAGCUGUGCUACUGCCUAAGGGUCCGAGGCUAGCACCACACAAUGCCUGCAUGGCAGGACUACCUAGGCUCCUAUAUUAUCUUCCAGGCAGGUAGAGCAGAGGAGAGGAUCAGAGAGGCACACUUGGUGCCCCGAUCGAUGGCCUGUGGAAACUCUGUUCCUAACUACUCCUCAUGAAGUGCUGAUUUCACUGUCAGAUGUGAUCCAUAAUGGCCUUGGCCUGGAAUCCUUUUUCAAAGCUGUUGAGUAGUGUUUUCUCAUGUUUAUAGCACUGCAUAGCUCGUUUUAACUUUUCUACUUUGGUCUUCUCUUUGGGGAUCCGUUUCUGUCUGCCUUAUUCUCCCAGGUACACACGGGUGAUGACGUCACUGCUGCCAUUCACCUGCUCGUUCUCUCAGUGGAUGUAUGUCACUGUGGAGAUGGAAAGAGUCUCAAACACCAGGGCCUGGAGGCUGACAAGAUGUGCACCUUAGCUAGACUAGCCUAUGCUCAUAUCUUGGAACACUCAUAUUCUCAGUUAACAGGCAUAAGCAAAAAUGUCGAGGGUGUGGCAACAUGUUAGGUACUCGAGGGUCAGUGUGCUCCUAGGUGCUAGAAAAAGGUGCUGUUGGGAUGCUGCACUGUCGGCCACUUGUAUCCAGUUAAAUGUGGUUAAGCAUCUGGAUGUUGUGUCUGACUAAUCCGAAUCUCUUCCUGUGCAGCCUCAGCUGUGGAGCUUUUCCCCGAGGCAUUAUAAGAAAGCAGGCAGCAUGGAAGGGUCCGGGUGAGGAUGCGAGAACCUUAAGUUGUUUGGCCUCACAGCCUCUAUGCCAUAGGAAGUGGCCGCCGACAGGAGUCUUCUAGCUGGUGCUGAGAAGAGGCCAGUAUAGCAGCCGACCUGGGCAUGGGCUGGACAGGAAUGUUGCUCUUUUCUGUGCUAGGCUGGAGACUGGAGAGGACUGGUUGCCACAUAGACAAAGUAGAAAUGGAUCGCUAGUGCCCACAGCUGCUGUCUCUGAGAGUUAAGCCAAAGACCCUUUGCAGACUUGAGGGAGAGGCUGGGAGUGUGCGAAGGCUGGAAAUGCCCAAGAAGAGAGCUGGAGAGACCGUUUCUGGCAGCACCGUAGAUACUCCCAUGGCCACACAUCUGGCCAGCCACGGUGGCUCUUCCAGUGCUUUGUCACUGUCCCCAGCCCACGUUCACUCCCAUUAACUCACAUACUGGAGCCUGUUGUCUUUGAGAUCUGUUCCUUACCAACUUUUCAAUGCCUUCUCAGAUCAGUUCUGUUCCCUACUUUGGUUUCUUUCCUAAAGCCAUAGCUUCUAGAUCUCUGUCAGCAUACAUGUGCCGAAAUUGAACCCACACAGGUUCAAAGGAAGCUUCCUUAAUGAUGUUUUAAAAACUAAUGGUAUUUUUUUUAAGCUUACCAAUGUAAGUAUUUUUAAAGGUUGUAUUUUUCAAAGUCAUUAACAAUGAUUGUUUUCUCUCACAGAACAGAUUAUCAUGGGAUAAAGAAUGGUCCCUAGCUUCUAUUUUUCAGAAAAAAAAUAAGUACAACAUGUUCUUGGACAUUAAAUAUUAAAUAAUAUUAAAGGUUAAUUCUCCUAAAAGAAAAAUAAGAAAUAUAGUCUGUCUGCCAGAAUUUUUUGUCCGUACGAGAUCGGGGUAGAGACCAGAAAUGGCAGGAUUACACUUGGAUGGCCCAGAUUGGGUUCUCCUGGGUUUGAAGUGAGCACCCUCCACCACCUUGGAGGGGCUAACUGUGUUUUGCAUCAAGGCUCCUGAACAGAAAAUGCUGUUGGAAAGAGUCACUUGUGGCGUGAACACCUGCCCGUCACCACUGCCGUUCGAUAGGGAGUUUGCCUCAGAGCUCAGUGUGCCACUUUCCUGUAUAAUAAUUUAUUCAGGGUUAUUUUGGCUUUUUUCAUUUAGCCAAAUAAAGGCAUUGUGGUUU